UUGUGUGUGAAUGUAGGUCUCGAUGUGAUCAACAUUAUGACAUCCAAGCAAAAGAGUGAGCUGCUGGUGGACAUGGAGGACUUUGAAGGGAAGAAAGUGUUCGCUCGUUACUCUUCAUUUAAGGUGGAUGCUGAAUGUGAUGGAUACAAACUGACUGUUACUGGAUUCAAGGACGGAGGCGCAGGAGAUGCCCUGAGUGGUCACAACGGACAGAAGUUCUCCACAUUUGACAAAGACCAGGACACCUGGUCAGGGAACUGUGCAAAAACAUAUCUGGGGGCGUUCUGGUACAACGCCUGUCACUAUGCAAACCCUAACGGGGUUUAUCGUUGGGGAGCUGAUGGCACUAUCUUUGCUGUUGGUGUGAUCUGGUACCAGUGGAAAGGUCAUGACUACUCCCUGAAGACCAUCAGCAUGAAGAUCCGUCCUGUGCAGUAAAUCUGCAGGACAAACACAGCAGAACAUUUCGUGUUGAUCUCUCUUUUCUCUCCUUUAUCAUGUAAUCCCAGAGAAUCUUUAACUUUCAUAGUCAGUCGAAGACGUAAAUAUUUCAGAAGAGCAGUCAGAGUGUGAGUGAGCUGCUGCCUGCAGGUGGAGUGAAAUGAUGGACGGAGACCAGUUUGAGCUGAUGUAGUUCACCUGUAUGAGAGCAGCUGCAAUGAACACGUUCCUCCACUAGAGGUCUCUGCUGUGAGUCUCGGUCCACUGAGUGCAUGUGUGUGCUUUCAGGGGGACCCGGACUCCACGUUGAGCCACACUGUGUCAGGAUGUUACUGCUAGUUUAGGUUGGGAUGUUGUCGGCUGUCUCAGAAGCUCUCGGUUGGUCCAGAUGUUCCUCAGUCUGCAGCUCAGCACACUCAGAUUUAACGUCUCACUGACUGUUUGGUGGAGGUCUGAUAGCUGGUGUGAAUCAUUAUCUGCUGUAUCCUGAUAAUAAAUGAGAAGCAAACA